AUGGGUACAGCAGCAGCAGCAGCCGCUGCUGAAGCAACUCCUCCCGCCGAGAGCACCCCCCGGCGACGACCACAUCUACGGCAUCUCCGAUCGGCGGCGCCCGAACGGCCCGGUGGAUCGCUCGAGGCGGUGGCUGCUGUGCUAGGCGGCGAUGGUGGUAGCAUCAACGAUGGCUUUGACCAGCGGAGAUCCUUGUUUGAAGAUCUGGAGGCGUACGUAGAUUCGAACGAGGCUUGCGCGUCGAGGAUGGAAUACACCCUCUCGCAGUGCGACUUCCAAAACCGACAGACUCUGGAGUGGAGCUACGGGGAGGGGGACAACGCCUUGAAUUGCGAGACCCCCCUGCCCGAAGGGGGUUCCGUGAAGUGCGAUCAUGUGGAAUGGAGUUCAGGCGAGGGGAUUGCAAUCGGGAUCCUCGCGGGGGUAGGGGUGGCGCUGUCGCUGUGCUUCUGGGGGGCCCUGUCGCGGUACAAGCAGUCAAGGGUGGUGCGCCUGGGCCAGCCGGCCUUGUCCAAGACCUUUGUGGUCGGCAUCGGCGUGACCUUCCUGUCUAUCUUCGCCCUCCUCGGGGCCACCACGGACCUCACCUGCGCGUUGAGGCUGUGGGGUUACAGCGCCGGGUUCGACCUCGCCUUCGGCGCGCUGACGCUCAAGAUGCGGAGCGCGUGCAGCGCAGCCGAGUCCGUGGGAGGAGGAGCGUUCAUCACACGCAGCUCGUGCGUGUCUUGCAACCACGGGCUCAUGUGGUCUUGGAUUGCUCUGAAGGUGGUGUUGGUGCUCUUCUGCUGCUACGUGCGCUUCCAGGCACGCAAGUUCCAAGACUACAUGAGGGACAACGGAGGGAUCGGGAUGGCGACGUACAACCUGGGCGUGGCGGGGAUCCUCGUGGCCGCCGUCGUCUGGGCCGAGGCCAACGCUCAGGUUCGCAGGACAACCGAGGGCGUCGCCAUCCUCCUCGCCGGAGUCGGGGUCCUCUUCCCCGUCUUGGGCACCAGGGUCCUCCGGGCGAAGCAGGAGCUGGAGGGCAAGGCGCUCGUGGGUCCCUCCGCGGCGGCGGCGGCCACGGGCCCCGGCACGGGCGGCAGCGUCGGGGACGCGCUCUACGGCGUGGGAGAGAGAGCCAUGGACGGCGACGAGUACCCCGAGCCCCGAACGACGACCCCGAGCGGGAAAACCAAGGGGACCAAGCGGCGCCAGUGGCGGCGGGCCCGGGGGGGGGGCGAGGCAGCCAGGACAGCGGACCUCUUCCGCUGCCAUGCUCCGCGGUAUCCGCGGCGGGGACAGCCACAGAGGCGGCGGCGGCGGCGGCGGCGGUGGCAAGGGAACGAUGAGCGUGGCCAGCGGGAGCAGCCGUGCGAGCAGCCGCGGGCGGAGCGCCCGGUCGUACUCCCUCUCCCAACACUCAGCCGGCAGUGCGCAUCGACCACAAGCGGAGGCAGCGCCUGUGGCGAGACGAACUCCGCCCGCUCCAGCAGGGACAGCUGGGCGUUCGACCCGAUAAUCAUGGCCAUCAACGGCUACGGCUGGGGCGUGGGGCAUGGGCAUGGGGGGUCGAAGCAGAUCACCUCGGGGGCGGGCGGAGGCGGGGGGGCGGGGCUGGGCGGCAGCGGUCGCAAGCAGCGAAAUACUUCUUUCAGCGGGAGCUGCGGCGGCGGCGGCGGCGGCGGCGGCGGGGGGCAACGGGGCUCGGGCAGGUGGACCAGCGGCGUCCGGCGACGAGGCAAGUCGAAGGAGAGGGCUGCCUCGGUGGCGGGCUCGGCCGGAGGCGAGACGCGCAGCAGCGGGGUGAAGUCGCUGGUGAUGUUCGCGGAGUACGGCACCCGGCUCCACUGCCCCCACUGCAGCAAGGAGGUGGCCGGGUGCGGGUUCAGGGGCUGCUCUGGCUCCCUCAUCCGCAAGCCGAGCUUCAGCGACGAGUUCGGCCCGGAGGAGUCGUUCACCCUGCCCGCGCCCCAGCCCGUCCGCGCGCCGGCGUUCGGGGGCUUUACUUCUGCGCUGCCCGGGGGCGGCGCCGGGGGAGCGGUUGGGUCGUCGCUUUCGGCGGCAGCGGCGGGGGCGGGCGGAGGGGACGAGAUGGUUCCGAGCGGUGGCGGCAAUAACAACAUGCUUUCCCCCUCGACGCAGAACUGUGGCAGCGUGCGGAGCGCGAGCCACCGCACGACGAGCGGGGAGGGCGGCGGCGGCGGGACCGGCGGCGGAGGCGCCCACAAGAGCCUGCCGAUGGCGGCGGCGGCCAGCCGCCUGCGGAUGAGCUUCUGCAGGGGGCCCUCCCCUUGCGACACGUUCGACAACGAGAGCGACGACGACGACGACGACGACGACGAUUUCGACGAUUACGAUGACUACGAGGGCCAGCGGUCGAACUUCGGGAUAAACUCCCCGACGUCCUCCUACGCGUGGGGCUGA